UUCAAAAUUAAACGCUACCAACCCUAAGUUUCGAAUAUCAGCAUGUCUUGAGCUUACUCUUGUGUUAUCUUUGAUUUUUAUUGAUCGCUUCACCUCUCAAAAGCUCUUCAAUGUACACUGAUAUGGCUGAUGAAAGGAGUAUCUCCCGUUUUGACCCUCGUGAUCGUCAUACAAGCCAAAGUAUAGAUGGUUCAGAUUUAAUAUCUGAACUAUCCAUCGUCCGUGCACAAAGGACAUCAAGUGAAUUUGCACUAUCGACCGCUCAAAUUAAACACGAGUCUAAAAUAAAAAGUUUAAAAACUGAAAAAGAGAUUAUUGAAUCAGAAAAGAAUAACUUAGCUAACGAACAUAAUUCUUUGAAAAGAAAAUAUCAGCUGUUAGAAUUUGAAAGAAGCCAUGAUCAAUCGAAAAUGAAAAGCUUUCAACGUAACCUUGAUGAACGUAUAAAUUCUAUACUUCAAUCAUCCAGUAGUUUGGGGUCUUCAUUGACUUUAGAAACUGAACGUUUAAGAGAUGAAGUAUUGCAUUAUGAAAAACAAUUUACUGAUUUACAAAGUGCUCAUUCUCAACUUCAAAUGAGAGUCAAAGAAUUAGAAGCUUUGUUAGAAUUACGUUCACAGCGUUUGAAAGAACUAGAAGCGUAUAUGGAAGAAAAAUCCACCGAAUUGAAAGAAUUAACAAAUUUAAAAUCAACUGUUUUUAAGUUAACAUCAGAGAAAGCAAUUUUGGAAGAACGUCUUCUUUUAGAAUCAAAUCGUACUAAAAUGCCCGAUGGUUAUGAUCGUUUUAUGAAAGGUGCUAGUUAUAUGGCAAAAUUAGAAAUGGAACAUGAUCGUUUAAAAGCUUCGUUUAAAACUCUUAGUCAAGAACGUGCAAAAUGGCUUAUCACUGAAGAGGAGAAUUCGGAAUUACGCAAUCAAGUGGAAAUUUUAAAAAAAUGGCGUGAACGAGCAUUGAUUGCUGAGAAUACAUUACUUGAAAAAGAAACACUGAUGAAUAAUAAUAGUUUAAUAACGAAAACUUGUUCACCUUCAUCAGAGAAUCGCUGUUCUUCUCCUUCUAUAUCAGCUCUUAGAAGAUUAGAACGUGAAAAUGAAGUUCUACUAGCGGAACAAGGCGAAAUCAAUACAAAAAAUAAAGAAUUAUUUACAAUUUUAAAAGAAACUCAAACGAAUGCAGCGCAUUUAAACAAUCAUUUACAGACUAUUACAUGCCAGUUGCAAGAUUUAAAACAAUUCCAUACAAGAUUUAGUCAAAUUGUUCCAUUGUUAACCAAGGAAAAUAAUUUAUGUCAAAAUUUAUUGCAUAGUUAUACAUUACAUGAAAAUGAUUUAUUUACUGUACCAUUGGAAUAUCAAAAAUCUAUGUCAAAUUUAAAUAAAUUUUUUAAUGAUUUCAAUGAAAUUUAUCAACAAUAUACAAUUUGUUUAAAUAAUUUAUUUAAAUUUACUGAAACAGUAAAUAAAACAAAUGAUUCUUGCACUGAUACAACAUCAUUAAAUUCUUCAAUGUAUGAAAGUGAUAGAGAGUUGGUGAAAAAAUUACGACAUCAAAUAACUGAAUUAGAAGAGAAUAUUGAAACAUUACAAACUAAAAAUGCAGAAUUAAUUGAACAAUUAGAAAUUUAUAAUACUCAGGGUAUGUGUAAUACAGAGACAACUAAAAUAUUAACAUAUAAAUAUCAUCCAGGCGAAAUGAUUAAACAGAAUUUAUCGAAUGAAAUUACUGAAUUACGUUUGUUAACUGAACGACAACGUCAACGUAUUCAAGUAUUAGAAGAACGUGUCAUUCAUUUAUCAGAGAAACAAAAUUGUCCUAAUCAAACAACAGAUAUCACAAUGGAUUUAGAUGUUACAAAUACUGUUGAAAAUCGUAUACGUUCUAAUCCUGAUCCAUUGACAGAACUUGCCGAAACGAAGGAACAACUUCGCGUUGAACGUUUACGUGCUGAUCGUUUGAUGGAAUUAUUUGAUAAGGCGAAAAUUAAAUAUCGUACAUCAUAUCGUGAUUUAUUAGGUUAUCGUAUUAAUAUACAAUCAUGUGGUGAUUGUCAAGUUUGUCCAGUAUUCACUGUUAAUAAUAAAGAAGAUUAUUUAUAUUUUAAAAAAGUUGACGGGAAAUUUGAAUUAGUCGAGAAUACAUUCACUAAAUCAUUACCUGAAGAAAUUCAUCAAUAUUUAAAUGUGAAUCAUUCAAUUCCAGGAUUUUUAGCUUCAAUCACAUUAUACUACUUACAACAGAAUACUUUGUUAAUAUGA